AUGCGUUUCGCCCAGACUGUCGCCUCGGGCUUGGCCCUGCUGUCCUCCGGUGUCAUUGCCCACCCCGGCCAUGACCUGACCCAAGAGAUCGCCGAGCGCCGUGCGUUCCUCGGCUCCGUCAAGCGUGCCGAUCUGAGCCACUGCGCUUCCAAGCUCAAGGCCCGCGGCCUCACCCAGCGCAACGUUGAGCGCCGUACUGCCGCCCUCAACCGUGCCCGUGCCAAGCGUGGCCUCAAGAAGCGUGACUUUGACACCAUCUUGGCCACUUCCCACAACGCUACCAGCCAGGGCUACACCUUGAACACCGAUGCCGCUACCCUCUUCGCUGGUAACGCCUCGUGUGUCCUUACUCCCGAGGUUACCCAGGGUCCUUACUACGUCGGUGGCGAGUACAUCAGACGUGAUCUCCGCGAGGACCAGGAGGGUGUCGACACCGUCAUUGACUACCAGGUCAUUGACGUUGACACCUGCGAGCCCGUCCCCAACGUCUACCUGGAGAUGUGGCACUGCAACUCCACCGGUGUCUACUCUGGUAUCGUUGCCUCGGGUAACGGUGAUUCCUCGGACGAGACCAACAUUGACAAGACCUGGCUCCGUGGUAUCCAGAAGACCGACACCGACGGUGUCGCUCAGUUCGAGACCAUCUUCCCCGGCCACUACACCUCCCGCGCCACCCACAUCCACUUGAUGGUCCACCAGAACGCCACCCAGUACUGCAACGGUACCCUGGGCAACGACGUCGUCGCCAGCCACGUCGGCCAGGCCUUCUUCGACCAGGACCUCAUCUCUGCCGUCGAGCUGACCGCUCCCUACAGCACCAACACCCAGGAGCUGACUACCAACGCCGAUGACUCCAUUGCUUCCGAGGAGGCCGCUACCGAGGGCGUUGACCCCUUCCACGAGUACACCCUGCUCGGUGACAGUGUCAGCGACGGUGUCUUUGCCUGGUUGGCCUUUGGCAUCAACACCACCGAGUCCCAGUCCGUCACCCCUGCUGCCUUCUACUACGAGAGCGGUGGUGUCGAGAAUGAGAGCAGCGGUUCCGGCAUGGGCGGUGGCAGCGGUGGCUCUCCCCCCGAUGCCAGCGGUACCGGUAGCGCCCCUGCCGCUACCAGCACUGCUUAA